UAAAUGGUCAUGAAAUACUAGUCAAAAUAAAGGGAUAAAUAAUUAUAACUAAAAUAAGGAGUUGAAAAGAAAUAUUUCAAAAUGGUUUGGUGGAUGAAACAUAAUCCCAGUAAGCGUAUGGAAGGUGUGUUUUUUGGUCUGGAAACUGAGAACGAUACGGUUUACGAAACUAUUAAUGUUAUGUACGACUGCCAGAAUGAGUCAUAUGAUGGAUAUGACAUUCGCGCCCUUGUUAGUGCUGGAGUGAAUAUCAUCAAUGUCGACAUGACAAUACAUGAUAAUGGAUUUUUUCAGAAAAUCAAAAAUGACAUAGAUUUUUUUGAAAAAAUACCUGAUAACGUUUCAUCAGUAUAUAUUCCUAUCGCAUUAUCUGUUACUAUGUCUGCUAACAAUCCUUUUGACUUUGACGAAAGAGUUGACAUAAUAAUUUUAAAGGAUGUAACGUCGACGGACCAACUGCGCGAAUUCAAGAAACAAAAUAAGAAAUUAUCAUCUAUGACCAUUUUACUUUGGCCUCCGUAUCUUGGAAUUGUGGACCUAAAUGAAUUAAUUAAGAUUUCGAGCGGUCUCAUUUUGGAUCCGAGUAUGGGUGACGUGUUUGAUGUGUAUUACAAUGUUUUGAAACUAUGUAAAGAUGCUCGCAAACCCGUAUUCUAUAUGGACCCGUUCAUAGUAGAAGAUUAUUACGAAGGUCCAUCUAAUGAUAGAGAAUUACUGAUACAAGUGCGUAAAUUGAUCGUAAAUAGAUUUGAUGGUGUUAUUCUGAAGAACCGUGGAAAUCGACCGCCAAUAGAAUUCAUACAAUCAUUUAUAAGAGCCACUGAGGUGUUAGAAAAGAACUCCAAUUUAAUGGCAGAUUAUUUCAAUAAAAGUUUUCCGUUAUUACUUCCAGUUCUACAACCGUACUCAGUAGCACUGUCUGCUUCUAUCGCGGCCUUAACAUGUGGAGCGAGGGCCAUUUUUGUAUUCACUUCUACGGGCUCUUCAGCAAAGGACCUAUCCUGUUCGUCUCCACCGUGCCGGGUAAUCGCAAUCACGAGAAAUGAGAAAACCGCGCGAAAAAUGCAUCUGUAUAGAAAAAUUAUGCCGUUGUUAUAUCAAGAGAAACGGUUAGGUUCCUGGCAAGAAGAGAGGUUGGCCCGAACUGUUUUUGGCGUAAAAUUUUGCAUCAAAUGUGGCCUACUCGACUACAAAGCCAAAUUAGUGGUGUUAGCUCCCACCGACCAAGGAGCUGCGUACUGCAACAGUUUCCAAAUACUGAAUGUUUCAUACAUUAUGAAUUCUUACUUGUGUGGAGGAGAAAUGUAGCUUUGCUUGGAUUUUUGUUUUGAGAAAUAGAUUUUUUGUUUUGAAGAUUGUUGCAAGAACACUGAUGAAUAUACCUUUGUUAAGAAAUCAAAAAGAGUUGAUGUAGAUAUUAUUACUUUGAAGUAAGCGCUUCUUAGAAAUAAUUGGUCGUAGUAGGUACCUUUUUCUCAUAGGAUAGGACAAAGAUGGAAAAAACUGUAAAUAUUAUGCUUGUUAAUUUGCGGUCUGGUUAAUUUUGUAACAUGGAGGUAACAAAUAAACUU